AUGGCGACAACGCAAGAGUCAGCGAAACCAAGAUCGCAGAAGAGGGAUUUCGAGGAGUCUUUUGGACCGAUUGAACCUGUUCAUGUAGGGGAGCUUGAGAGAGCAGGUCUCGAAAAUCGGAAUUCGCAAGUCGAGUCGGAUUCUCCGGUUCUUUCUAAGGAACGGAAUUUUGUGAAUGGAACUGGACGAGAGAUUGAACGUACGGCGGAUAUUUUGUUGACUCCGCCUGUUGGUGUGGAAUCUGCGAAAUGUGAGGGCGAAGGUGAAGGUGGACGAGAAGGGGAACGGGAACGAGAUGUUUCGCCGGCGGGCAGUACGGCUAGUUCUUUGAGUGAUUUGGGAUCGAGGAGUACGCCUAGUUUGAGAGGGGGCUCGCCGAUGGUCGGUACGGCGUUCGCGGCGUUGAAUGGGAAUGGAGAUGCGAGUAGGAUGCCUCCGGCUAAGAAACCAAAAUUGACGUUUGCGGAGAAGGAGGCGAGGAAGAUUGAGAGAGAGUUUAGGGAUGAGGAAAGAAAGAGGGAAAGGGAGAAAAGAGAGAAUGAGAAGCAAGCGCAGUUAGAGGAGAAGAGGAAGAAGGAUAUGGAGAGGGAUGAGGAGAAGAGGAAGAAAGAUGCGGAGAAGGAAGAAGAGAAGAAAAAGAAAGAUACGGAGAAAGAGGCUGAGAGGAAGAGAAAAGAGGAUGAAAAGGCGGCUAAGGAAGAAAAGAAGAGAUUGAAGGAUGAAGAGAAACGCAAAAAGGAUGAGGAGAAACAACGGAUUGAGGACGAGAAGAAAAAGAAGGCAGCAAGUCAAAAGACUUUAUCUUCUUUCUUUGGAACCCCAGCUUCGGCAAAGACCUCGAAAGACGACGUAUCGACGAGUCCUGCUUCAGUCGGCUUGACCAUGGCUGCACCUCCUACGACAUCGCCACAAUCGACUCCAAGUAAGAAAGAAAUCUCACCAUAUGAGAAACUGUUUCCGGCUUUCUUCGUUCAGAAUAGUGUUAGGUUAGCACCCAUCAACCACUUCGAGAGAGAUGAUGAAGGAUCACAAGCUUUACAAUCUACAAUCGAUGCAUACAUUUUAGGCAACAGAAGUCCAGGACGAAGACGAGAUUUUGAUGCUAUGCAACUCUUUCACCUCUCAUCCAGCAAUCCACUAAAGCGGGGAAACCCAAUUGUAGCUCUACGAGAAAUCAUUGCAGAACUAUCUGGCAAUCCUUCAAAACUCAUCGACCUCACAACCGACUCUCAAAAUUCUCAAAUAAAACGCACAAAAGCUCGAUUGAGUGACGUCCCUAUGAAAUUUUUGAAGUUCCAAGAAGACGUUAGACCUCCAUAUCAAGGUACCUAUACGCAUACACCUAUAUACGGAAUGUCGAAAUUGGCACGAAAUCCUAUGAGACGCGAUCUUCCAAACACAAAUUACGACUACGAUAGUGAGGCGGAAUGGAUUGAGGAUGAAGAUGCGGAAGAUUUGAAUAGUGAAGGAGAGGAAGAUGAGGAGGGUGUUGAUGAUGCGGAGGAUAUGGAUGGAUUUCUUGAUGAUGAGAAUGAUGAGUUGUUAAACUCGAGACGUGCACUGGGAGGAAUGCAAGGAGAUUUAGAACCACUUAACACGGGCUUGUGUUGGGAGGAUAGGAAGAAGAGGAAUACGAAUGUUAAGAUGAUGCCAUAUAGAAUGGAGUUCAUCAUUGAUCCGAAAAUGAAAUCUAUCGAUCCCUUCUCAACACAAUACUGGGAACCAAUCGCACCAUCCAUCCCAACCGGAACAAUGGAUCCACCCCGUCUCCCACUCAACUCUACAAAAUCAAUCAACACACUUCAAACUUCCCCCUCUCCCUUACGCUCUACAUCCCACAACAAAGUCUCGAAUCAUAAAACCGCCCCGCUUUCCUUUUUCGGUUCUUCUCCCUCGACAGCAACAUCAACAUCAACAACAUCUCUUCCCCUACAACAACUACAACAACAACAACAACAACAACAACACACUAGCACAGAUACCAAACCCAAGAAAUAUCUACCAGACUCAGAUCUCCCAGCGUUCAAAGAAGCAAUUCAAGGAAGUGAUCUGAGUAAAGUGGGAUUAGUAGAGGUCCUGAAGAAGAAAUUUCCGGGGAGGACCGGAGGCGCGAUUAAAGCGACAUUGGAUUUGGUGGCGAGGAGGGUGGGGGGGAAGGAGGCGGAGAAGAGGUGGGUUUUGUUGGAGUUAGAGUUGGAGAGGGAGAGGGAGUUGGAGAGGGAGAGGGAGUUGGAGAGGGAGAGGGAGUUGGAGAGGGAGAGGGAAGUAGAUAGUGAGUGA